UCAACGACAAAGUGUUUGGACAAUUAUCUCUCUUUCUCUUUCUGUUCUGAAUAUGAAUAUGGAGGCCGGUGGAAAGAAGUUAGCAAUGGGAGGGGAUGAGUUGUUAGAAGCUCAAUCCCACAUAUGGAAUCACAUCUUCAACUUCAUAAACUCAAUGUCUCUCAAAUGUGCAAUCGAACUUGGAAUUCCAGACGCCAUCCAUAGCCAUGGACCCAAUCCUAUGCCCCUCUCUCUUCUUGUUUCAUCUCUCCAACUUCAUCCUAAUAAAACCCAAUUCAUAUACCGUUUGAUGCGUUUAUUAACUCACUCUGGCUUCUUUGUUCUACAAGAAGAAGGAUACCUUCUUACCAAUUCAUCUCGCCUUCUUCUUAAAGACAAUCCUUGUGCUGUAUCUUCUUUCCUACUUUCCAUGCUCCAACCAGCCCUCACAGAUCCAUUUCAGUUCCUCUCAAUCUGGUUCCAAACUGACGACCAAACGCCCUUCGAGACGGCACAUGGAAUGCCGUUUUGGGAGUACAUGGGGAAUAAGGCAAAAGAUGGGGAGGUUUUCAAUGAAGGCAUGGCGAGUGAUGCGAGGUUGGUGAUAAGUGUGUUAUUGGGGAAAUAUAAAAGUGUUUUUGAAGGAGUUGAGUCAUUGGUUGACGUUGGUGGUGGCACUGGAACAAUGGCCAAAGCCAUUUCACAAGCUUUUCCACAAAUGGAAUGCACUGUGUUUGAUCUUCCCCAAGUAGUUGCUCAUUUGAAGGAAGAUCAACCAAACUUCAAAUAUGUUGAAGGAGAUAUGUUUAAACUUAUUCCUCCGGCUGAUACUAUUCUGUUGAAGUGGAUAUUACACGAUUGGAGCGAUGAAGAAUGUGUGAAGAUUUUGAAGAACUGCAAAGAAGCAAUCACAAGCAAUGGUAAGAAAGGAAAAGUGAUGGUAAUUGAUUUGGUGUUAUUCAAUACGAAAAACGAUCAAGACUCAAUUGAGUCACAACUAUUCUUCGACAUGUUGAUGAUGGUUGAAGUAGGAGGAAAAGAAAGAGAGGAAAAAGAGUGGGCUAAAUUGGUUAAAGAAGCUGGAUUUAGUGCCUACAAAAUCUUCCCUAUUUUAGGCUUAAGGUCUCUUAUAGAGAUUUAUCCAUGACAUCACUUAGCUUCCUUUAUUCUAACAAGUUCAUACAAAGAGAUGAAUUUAUUGAAUAAAGUAUUCGGUGUCAUUCUUAAGUAUGGAUUGUUAUGGUAAAAGUUAUAUAUCUAUUUUGGGUUUAAUUAAUGAAAGAGUGUUGAGAUUGAAGUUUGGUAUAAAA